CAGUGUGGGGGGAGGCGUUUUCAAAAAUCCCUCCAAAAUCUUUAUAUAGGAGGGAGAUCAGGGAGGGAUUUUAGAGCUUUGUAACAAUUUCGUUUCUAAUAACUUUUUUGGGAAGCGAUUUUACUUCGUACAGCGUGAGACAGUAAGUUAAUAAACGUCAUCGAUUUCUAUCGCACCCCCUUUUUUUCCUACAGCUGAUGGACCGGUCCAAUUAUUCCGAAGCAGAGGGCUUGUUUUGCGCGAGCCAACUUCGUUACUUUGGAUGUGUUCCGGUUGUCGUCCUUAGCAGUUAGCAUUUAGCUAUUAGCCAUCCAAUGUAAACAAGGUGUAAACCGAAUGGAAACAUUGCACACAAACGAUAUAAGCUUCGUGUUUGGUUUCGUCCUCACGUCAAACAAAACGACGAUGUAAUUCAGCUAAAUAAACUGCCCGAGAAUUUAGAAAUUGUAACUUUGCGUUUCUUAUAAAAAACAAAACAAACAAAACAAAACCCGAGCGGUUUCUUCUUCGUUGGUGUGAGUAAGGCUAAAGGAAAUUAAUAGGAGAAGUGGAUUCAUGCGAUUUUCUCCAUAUCUGCCUAGUUGUGUUCAUGAUUUAAACCUGCGAUCUUUUUAUUUUUAUCUCCACACCUCUUUCGUUUGCACUUGGACGACUCAACACUGUCUUUACAUCAUCCACAUAUCGUUAUUGUGUCUUUUUCUGUGGCUGCUUCUCAGUCUGGAAUCUGCAGAGCAGGUGUGAAACUGAGAUCCUGUUUUACAGCAGAAAUAUUAGGGAACACACACACACACACACACACACACACACACACACUCUCAGGGAAGUCAGAAAAGCGAUGAAAACCCUGAGCUGAGUUCCCCAGAGCCUUGUGGAUAUCUGCUCUAACUGAUAACUGCCUCUUUUGGACACGAUGCCCGGUCCAGUGGCUGGAAGCACAGCUCGGGUUUACGCCGAAGUGAACACACUGAAGAGCAGAGAAUACUGGGACUAUGAAGCUCAUGUACCAAACUGGAGCAAUCAGGAGGACUAUCAGCUAGUGCGAAAGUUGGGCCGGGGGAAGUACAGCGAGGUGUUCGAGGCCGUUAAUGUCAACAACAGCGAAAAAGUGGUGGUGAAGAUCCUGAAGCCCGUCAAGAAGAAAAAGAUCAAGCGAGAAAUCAAAAUCCUGGAGAACCUGAGAGGAGGAACAAACAUCAUCCGGCUCGUGGACACCGUAAAGGACCCUGUGUCUCGAACUCCUGCCCUCGUCUUUGAGUGCAUCAAUAACACUGAUUUCAAGGAGCUGUACCAGAAGUUAACAGAUUUUGAUAUCCGGUAUUACAUGUAUGAACUACUAAAGGCCUUGAACUACUGCCACAGUAUGGGCAUCAUGCACCGUGACGUCAAGCCCCACAACGUCAUGAUCGAUCAUCAACUGAGGAAGCUGAGGCUGAUAGAUUGGGGUCUGGCUGAGUUCUAUCACCCUGCGCAGGAGUACAAUGUCCGAGUGGCAUCUCGCUAUUUCAAGGGUCCUGAGCUGCUGGUGGAUUACCAGUUGUAUGACUACAGUCUGGACAUGUGGAGUCUGGGCUGCAUGCUGGCCAGUAUGAUCUUCAGGAAAGAGCCUUUCUUCCACGGCCAGGACAACUACGAUCAGUUGGUGCGGAUUGCUAAAGUCCUCGGAACCGACGAGCUAUUCGGCUACCUGCGCAAAUACCACAUUGAACUGGACCCACGCUUUAAGGACCUGCUUGGGCAGCAGACGAGGAAGUGCUGGGAGCAGUUUGUGCAGGCGGAGAAUCAGCACCUGGUGAGUCCAGAGGCUUUGGACCUGCUGGAUAAACUACUGCGCUACGACCACCAGCAGAGACUCACUGCCACCGAAGCCAUGGAGCACCCCUACUUCUACCCAGUGCUGAAGGAACAGUCUCUUACCAACGUGAAUAACACUGUAGGAUCAGAAGGAUCCAAUGCAGCUCGGUGAACAGAUUUUCAGAAAGCUGAAAAAAAAACUUGUUACCUCAGUUUACCCUUCGUGGCAGAAACCUCUCAAUGUGUGUACAGCUGAAGAUGGGCAAAAGCAGUAUUGACCAGUUUACACCUUUUUACACACACACACACACACACACACACACACACACACACACACACACACACACACACACAUACACACACACAAGCGCAACAUUGUCCCUCUCUGUAUCAGUGAAGGUCGAUCUGUCCCCUGUACCUCCAUAGGCGCUGAAGCCAUUUUAGUUGGGAGAUGAAGAUGCCUCCUGUUUUAUUGAUAGGUGAGGAGAGUUGUUGGAGGAAUAAGGCCAGUCUCUGCCCCCUCGUACCGUGACCCUGCCUUUGUUUACCUUGCCGUGAAGAGUGAAGCACAGAUACCCCGCCCUCACUGUUCUCCUCACCGGUCUGUCUGUGUGUUCAGUAUUCAGACCCCAGUGUGGUGUCUUAUGCACCACCACACCGAAGACGUGGCAUAUUGGACCUCAUUUCUCUCUGCUCUAGCUAGAAAAGUAUUAAUGACAAUAAAUGACUUUUAUUUAAA